CCAUGAAAAAUAAGCCCGUUGUAAAAUACCCCGGGGCCACAGAGCCUCUCUGGCAUGAAUGGGACAGGAAAGCGCAGAAACAUGGAUUAAGACACACAGUUUAUGCGGUCAAUGGAGAUCAGUAUACUGGAGAAUGGCUGGACAACUUGAAACACGGUAAAGGCAGGCAGUUGUGGAAACACACCAGAGCUAUUUAUAGCGGUGACUGGAAGUUUGGGAAGCGAGAUGGUUAUGGCUCCUACAGCAUUCCUGACCCUGUAACCAAGGAAUACAAGAAGGUGUAUGAAGGCUGGUGGAAAAAUGACAAAAAAUGCGGCUACGGGACAAUGUUUUACCCCAGCGGGGAGCGCUAUGAGGGCGAGUGGUGCGCUGGGCGGCGAAGCGGCUGGGGACGGAUGUACUACAGGGACAGCUCCAUCUACGAGGGACAGUGGCUGGACGACCAGCCUGAUGGGCAUGGGAUGCUGCGGCUGCCAAAUGAAAAUCGGUACGAAGGAGGUUGGAAAGAGGGAAAGAAGCACGGCCCAGGGAAAUUUUUCUACUUGGAUAAGGGACAGUUGUUUGAAGGCAUCUGGGCAGCAGAUACACCAAAAUCUGGAAUUCUGAUUGACUUCGGCAGAGACGAAGCUCCUGCCCCUACUCAGUAUCCAAUCCCAAAGAUUGAACUAGCUGAUCCAGAUGGUGUUUUAGCAGAGGCCCGGGCGAUGUUUGAUGACAGCCAGAAUUAA